AUGGGUACAGAGAGAGGGGAUAAAAUCAAGGGUCCAUGGACUCCACAAGAAGAUGCAACUUUAUUGAUGCUCGUAGAGGACCAUGGCCCUCGUAACUGGUCUCUGAUCAGUACCGGCAUACCGGGUCGGUCAGGAAAAUCAUGCCGACUGCGGUGGUGUAACCAGCUGAGCCCAGAAGUACAACACCGACAAUUUUCUCCAGCCGAGGAUGCCAUUAUCAUCAAGGCGCAUGCUAUCCAUGGGAACAGAUGGGCCACUAUAGCGCGCCUCUUGCCCGGUCGCACUGAUAAUGCCAUUAAGAACCACUGGAACUCAUCACUCCGGAGGAAAAGAAUUGCCGAGUUGUCUUGUGGGUCAAAGUCGGGGGUGGUGAAGAGGCCGUGCUUGGACUUGCCGACAACUGUGUCGUCUGAGACUGACUCGGCUGUGAAGAGACAGCCUUUGGCGGCCGCAAUGGAGGAGAAUAGUUGUGAUGGGCCUGCGACAUCUUUAACGUUGUCGUUGCCUGGGGAGGGGAAUGUGGUUGUCUUCCCGGAGAGCAAGGAAAAGGCGGUGGAAGAGGAUUUGGUGGUGGUGGAGGAAGAGGAGGAGGAGAUCACCGGGAAUGAGGAGGAGAGAUCGACGGUGGAUAUGGAAGAGACAGAGUCAUGUUUGUUCAGGAUGAUGCAGCGCAUGAUAGCAAAGGAGGUUCGGAGUUACAUCGACAGUAUACGUGCUAAAGAAGAUCUUGGGCCCGUGUUCAAGUCUGGGGCCCAGAAGGCUCCAAAAAAGGAAACCGCAUAA